AUGUAUCAUCACUAUCACGCCUUCCAGGGCAGAAAACUUACCGACCAGGAGAGAGCACGAGUGCUGGAGUUUCAGGAUUCCAUUCACUAUUCUCCGCGGUACUCAGACGAUAACUAUGAAUACAGGCACGUGAUGUUACCUAAGGCCAUGCUAAAAGUCAUUCCAUCGGAUUACUUCAAUUCGGAAGUGGGGACCCUGCGCAUAUUGACGGAAGACGAAUGGAGAGGUCUUGGAAUCACACAGUCCUUGGGGUGGGAGCAUUAUGAAUGUCAUGCGCCAGAACCGCACAUUUUACUAUUCAAAAGGCCGCUGAACUACGAGGCUGAACUGAGGGCAGCGACUGCUGCCGCUCAACAGCAACAGCAACAGCAACAGCAACAGCAACAGCAAACACAAUCGAUUUCGAACGAUAUGCAAGUCCCACCCCAAAUCUCCUAG